AUGGCACCCAAGAGGAAGGUAGACGGCGAUGGCGAAGGAAAGGAGCAGAAGCGGCCGAAGAAAGGCUUCUCAGUCGGACCAGCGAACCUGCCGGACGGGACAUACAGGCGCAAAGUCAUAAAGAUUAAGGCAGAUCUAAUUCACAAGGCCAAGCUGAAGAAGUCGUACGAAAAGAUCAAGGCACGCGAGCUCGCUGCAGCGCCAGUCAGGUCCGUCUACGAGACACAGGAAGCCAACGAAGAAAGCCACGAUGAAGCCGCUGCGGCAGAGCAGGACAGUUCAAAACCUGCACGCGAGCCGGCCGGGCUGGAACUGCAUCCGGACAGGCAGGCCAUGGUAGACUCUCACAGCGAGCAUCAUGACCUGUUACGAGGCGAAGGGGCCAGAUCAAGACGGAGAGGGGAGGCAGACGAGAUGCAGCAGCAGGAAAAGGAUGAAGACAGCCGGCCCGGUGGCAGUGGUGGCAGUGGUGGCAGGAGGCAACGUCGGGCUAAACCGUAUCCCUUUGCGAGGGAAGAGGAUGCUGCACAGAAGCGGAUCAGGGAGGCAAAGGCGAGAGCUGAGCUGAGGAGGAUGAAGGAGAAGGAGAGGGCAGAUAUGGCCAGGGCAAAGAGGCCGGACCAGUUUGGCAAGAGACGGCUGGGCCGCGAGAGCAAGGUGCUGCUAGACAAGGUCAAGAGGCUCGUAGCAGCAGACUGA